UACAGUUAACCAAGAGAGAUCUCUCGGCGUACACCGUUCGCGAGAGGAUUCCUUCAGAGGAAUCUCUCUUCUGCAUCCUGGUCGACUAAAGGUGUUCCUCCACUGGCAAACACUCGACGAAAAACAACUUGCUUUACUAGAAAUCGGUUGUCAACAUAUUGUCCUCUGACUCGUAAACUGCGAGUUCUAUGAGUAAAGUCAAAUAUUAGUGAACACGUUUAGAAACUAGAAUGCGGAUAGAAGGUGAUUAGUAUCGUGUUUAUGCAUUUUUGUUAAAUUCAAGUUUCUGUUCAAAUUUCUAAUCUGGUUGCAAGGUGUUUACCGAGUGCUCGACGGUGUACGCGCAGCUUAAGAGCGAGUAACGGGGAACGCGAAUGCGGGGCAAACGGUUGGUUCCCGAUCUCUGGCGACAAUACCGAACCGAGUACCGUUCCCUUUCUCCCUCUCUAAGAUCGGAACCGCGAAAGACAGACACGCUCGAGCUUCGAUCGUCCGCUCGGUUCGUUUCCGGUCAAAAGCUCGACACGAAUGCUCGCGGGGAAUCGAGUUUAUCGCAUUCAUCGGAGCUCGGCGAAACGCGCUUAGGACGGAGGAGAGGAGAAACGAUCACGGCAGGGUGUUAAAGAGAAAGAGGAACGUUCUUCGAUACGAAAGAUCGGCGGUGUAACUAGGUAGUCAGCCCCUACCUCCGAGAGAUAGGUAGCAUUGUAGAACGCGCGACCAGUUGGUCGGGCUCUCGCUCGAAACAGGUGGCUCCGACUCGAAGAGAGUCUCGGUCCGCCGCUUACCGCGUACGGAUCGAGUUCGUUGUCCGACCGGUCUCUCGGGUUCUCCCUUUCGGAAACGAAAAAAGUUCGGCGCAGCCAAAAUAUGUGUAUAUAAAGCAACCGGACCGUUACCCCGGAUCGUUUAAACGCCAGUUCUCGUUCCAGUUCGCGUUCGCGGUUACGUUAAUCACCUGCCUCUGUUUCUCUAUCUCUUGUUCGCCGAACGAAUUGACGGACGGCCCGAGUGGUUCCUCAAGGAAUCGGAUGCCAAUACUCGGUGGAGAUUGGUGAACUUGGCCUUCUCUCGAACGAGGAUCCAUCGGAAUCUCGUCCGGAGUCUUUCACGAGGAUCGUUCAGUUUGCAUGGGUGUACACUGCUCGUUGCGCGGUUGCGGCAUGUUCCAAGAGCCGUUCUUUCUUCAUCCGCCCGGCUCGCGACCCCGCGAUGGGAUUUACAUAAAUCCCAUGACCGCGUACAUAGGCGAGCCAGCCAAGCCGAAGGACACGGAAUCGUUCUACCUGCACAGCCCGCACGAUCUCGUCUACACCAGGAUCACACGGCUGUUCGCGGACACCGAGAAGCAUCGCCACUUCGAGAAAAAGGAGGAUACUUUAACUGUGAAAGUGGAUGUGCACAUCAAUAACGGAGUUCUCGACCGACCAUCCGGUGGGAACGGUUACGCUGCCAAACCUGAGAUUGCUCGCGAUCCAACCGAGCACGCGUACGAGCAAAUCUGCCUGAGACAAGAGCCGGAAACCGGUGCGGUUGCCAAUAGCCCGCAGAAGAAGCCACUGGAGAAUUCCGAUCGGAGUCGAUCCCGGAAAACUGACCGCAGAUACAGCAGAUCGAGUAGCGCGAGCGAGUCGUCGAACGUCAGCAGCGAGAUUCCGUGUUUUUCGUCGAGCGCGUCGACUCCGUCGUUGUCGCGGAACAACAGCAACGAGCGAAUCGGCAAGAACAGUGGCAGCAAGCUUGCCGGUGCUGACCCAUCGCACGAGAAAAAGGACGCGACGAGUCUGGCGCAAGUAGAAAGCGAGAAAGAGAUCAAACCGGGGAACGGCGGAGCUAGUUUCGCGAAACCACCACCACCACCGCCUCCACCUCCUCCGCCAGACAAGGACGACGUCGUUGUGCUCGUGGUGAACACUAAACAAAACGUGGACUUCAAGGACGAAAAGAAAGACACGACUGGCGAAGUGAACCGGGAUGGAAGGAUCGACAACGGGCAUCCUGUGCCUUCGUCGACCAACAAGUCCGACGUAUCCUGCAACGGCGAGCACCAGCACCAGCCGGAAGUGGCUCCUGUCAGUCCGUCGGUGGACACCGAGGAAAUUAAGGCGAGCCAGACGUCGCAUCUGGUUAAUAAACAUAUGGUGCUGCCGUUCAUACCGCCAAAGUUCGCGAAUGCGGACUCGAACACGCUUCUGAAACCGUCCGAAUAUCUGAAGAGCAUCUGUAAGGGCUCACCGAAGAACAGCUUGUCUAAAGCGAGGUCGGUAGAUAAUUUGGACAUUCAAAGUCGAAGCGGAUGCACCAGGCAAGAGAGCGAGCAAGUCCAGGAAGAGGAAUUAGCCGAGGACGUGGGUGCCGGUGGACCGGAAACGGAGGGAAAAGAAUCAGCUCCGGGUCCACCCCCGCCACCCAUGUCUCCGCUUGAGAAGUCACGGCGGAUUGGCGAGAUCGCUAACGCCGAAUCCGAGUCAACAAGAAGCCCACAACCGCUUGCAACUAUUAGUAUUCAGGAUCUUACGAGUAUCCAAUUAAGAAGAACCACCGCAAAAAUAAACGCGACUAAAACAUUUUCCGCGCCGCCGCCGCGCAGUGUGUCUAUGACUAAUGUUUCAGAGCCGUUCUUCGUUCAAAAAACCGACUUAAUCGCAGAAUUGAAGAGAACCAAGGACAUACCCGGGAUAAAGAAGCUGAAAGUGGAGAUGGCUCAAGUGGAGAAAACGCAGGAACAGAAUCUCAUGUCGGAAAUCAACAAAACGUUCAGCGUUUCGAAUUUCGUGGAUCAGAUUCCUGAGAAGGACAGUUCUGGAAACGUGAUACCGAUAUGGAAACGACAAAUGCUCGCGCGGAAAGCUGCCGAAAGAGCGAAGAAAGAAUUGGAAGAGCAAAUUGCCAGAGAAAACGAAGAGAGACGACAGAAGGCGAUACCUGCUUGGAAGAGACAGCUCCUUGCUAAGAAGGAUAACGACGAAAAAAGACUGAAUCAAGCGCACGUGACGUCAACUGUCAAGGUGGACGCGAUUUCGUCACCGAAAAGGGACGUCUCGCCUUCCCAAAGCAAUCCGUUGCGCACCCACCGACAGGAAGAGAAGCCGGAAACCGAGGAAAAGAAGAGCUUGGAUGCGAAUUCCGUGAAUCCUGGAACGCAGGCGGUCGACAACAACGACGAUGACGAUACCGCGCAGAUCAUCCCCUGGCGGGCGCAACUUAGGAAGACCAACAGCAAACUGAAUAUUUUGGAUUGAUCCGAUGCGGUCUGAGAAUACGUUGUUUGUACAUAUAGAGUCGAGUAAAGUUUGCAUCAAUUUA